CCGCCGGGAGCCCGCGGCUGAAACGAGGGGUGGCUACGGGGCUCCCGCGCAGCUCCGGCGGAACCUCCCUUCAGGUCCCCGACCCCGCGGAGGUGCCCGAGCCAGUCGGUCCCGGGCCGACGGCGAGCCCUCGGUCCCUCUGCUCCCCCGGCGACCCGGGAGCUCUGGCCCCCGUGGCUUGUGCAGAAGGUCCCGGCGGCUAGAGGUGACCGGGCUGGUGGCCACUGUCCUGGCCAUGGCAGCUCAGGGUGCGUGGCACCCGGGGCAGAACUGCGGGUGCCCGGGUGUACGGGCGAAGCUGCCCAUCCUGCGCUGGCUCCCGCACUAUUCCCUGUCCUGGCUGCAGCUGGACCUGAUGGCCGGCCUGACCGUGGGGCUCACCGUCGUGCCGCAGGCACUGGCCUACGCCGAGGUCGCCGGGCUGCCUCUGCAGUAUGGCCUCUAUUCUUCCUUCAUGGGCUGCUUUGUCUACUGCUUCCUGGGCACCGCCAAGGACGUGACGCUGGGUCCCACGGCCAUCAUGUCGCUGCUUGUGUCUUCUUAUGCCUUCCAUGAGCCUGUCUAUGCCAUCCUGCUCACCUUACUCUCCGGCUGUAUCCAGCUGGCCAUGGGGCUCCUGCACCUCGGUUUCCUUCUGGACUUUAUCUCCUGCCCUGUCAUUAAAGGGUUUACAUCAGCUGCUUCCAUCACCAUUAGCUUCAACCAAGUCAAGAAUAUCCUGGGGCUGCAGGGGAUCCCUCGGCAGUUCUUCCUGCAGGUGUAUGAGACACUGCGGAGGAUUGGGGAGACCAGGGCUGGGGAUGCUGUCUUGGGGCUGGCCUGCCUGGCUGCACUGGCAGGGCUCCAGGCAAUGAAGAGUCACCUGCCCCGAGCUGCCAGUGCGGAGCCGCUGGCUGCCAGGCUCAGCUACCUGAUCGUCUGGACCUCUGCUACAGCACGCAAUGCCCUUGUGGUCCUUUUUGCUGGCCUGGUUGCUUACUCCUUCCAGGUGAUGGGCUCCCAGCCACUCACACUCACCGGCAGCAUCCCCCAGGGCCUCCCUCCCUUCCAGCUGCCACAUUUCUCCAUGGCUGCACCCAAUGGCACCAUCCCCUUCUGGAGCAUGGUGGAGGACAUGGGGAUCGGGCUGGCUGUGGUCCCACUCAUGGGCCUGCUGGAGACCGUUGCGAUUGCCAAGGCUUUUGCCUCGCAGAACGAUUACAGGAUUGACCCCAACCAGGAGCUGCUGGCUAUGGGCUUUGCCAACAUCCUGGGAUCCUUCGUCUCGUCGUAUCCCAUCACAGGCAGCUUUGGCCGGACAGCUGUGAAUGCACAAUCAGGGGUCUGCACCCCUGCGGGAGGGCUCAUCACAGGCACCCUGGUCCUGCUCUCGCUGGCAUACCUCACCUCACUCUUCUACUACAUCCCCAAAGCAGCACUGGCUGCUGUCAUCAUCUCGGCUGUGGUCCCCAUGUUUGACACUGCGAUCUUCAGGAGGCUCUGGCGGGUUAAGAGGCUGGACCUUGUUCCCCUCUGUGUGACGUUCCUGCUCUGCUUCUGGGAAGUCCAGUAUGGCAUUGUGGCUGGGGUGCUGAUCUCAGGGAUUCUCCUGCUCUACUCCAUUGCUAGGCCUCCAAUAAAGGUGUCAGAGGGGGACGUGCUCCUUGUUCAGCCGGGGAGCAGCCUGCACUUCCCAGCCAUCGAGUGCCUCCGGGACACUGUGUGCAGCCACGCUCUGGCAGCACCAUCUCCACCAUGCUCCAUCAUCCUGGACUGCUGCCACAUCAGCAGCAUUGAUUACACAGUGGUGGUGGGGCUGGCAGAGCUGCUGCAGGAGCUGCGCAAGCAUGGGUUGCCCCUGGCCUUCUGCAGCCUGCAGGAGCCUGUUCUCCAAGUCCUGCUCUCUGCAGACUUAGAAGGAUUCCAGCAUUUCCGCAGCAGGGAGGAGGCAGAGCGGUGCAGAGGAGCACAAGUGCGGGGCAGCAGGGCAGCCCCUUUCGCCAGCACCAGUGAGACCUCGUUGCUGCUGCCUGAGGGCCUCAUCCAGUGAGCCAAGAUGCUGCCAAGGACUUUCUUAGGGCCAGUGUCAUCUUGCCAUCUCCUCACAUCCUGCUGUGACUGCGUUGGGGCUGUACCUGCUGUGCAGAGCAGUGGCAGUGACACCCCGGUGACAUCUCACCAAUGCUCUCCAUGGAUGCCACCUCCCCCUGCUCUGCCUUCUGGGCAGGUGGGUGGGAUGCUGCCAGGGGAUUGUCCUCAUGUCUCAUUCAGGGCAGGGCAGAGCAGCACCAGCCCAACCCCACCUGGGCUGUGCAGGUGACAUGAGAGGAGGGAGUGCUGGAGGAGAUGCUGGUACAAGGGCUCCAGCUGAUCCCACACUGGCUCCCCAGCCCCACUGGAGCUCCAGCACCUCUGCAGGACAAGGAUAGGCAGUCCGUGGAUGGAAAUCAUGGGGAAACACUGUUCCUAUCAUGGUCAUUGGGAACAAGCCAUCCCUCCUCCAGGCCUUCCUCAUCCUUGAAGCUGCUGUCUGUUUUAAAUCAGCUAUUUUAAUUCUGGAGACUUUCUUUAUUGUGGGACUUACAGAACCGUGACAGAGCAUACUCUUGUCUAAGUGAGUUUCAAAGGUGCUGGCACUGACUUCCAAGCCCAAGGGCAGGCUGCAGGGUGGGGACACAUCUUCUAAGGACAGGCUGAGAGAGCUGGGGUUGUUCAGACUGGAGAAGAAAAGGCUCCAGGGAGACCUUAUCGUGGCCUUUUAGUACUUCAAGGGGCAGGUAAGAAAGAUGGUGGAAGUUUUUAGCCAAGGCCUUGUUGUGACAGUACAAGGGGUAGUGGUUUUAGAUUAAAAGGGGGAGAUUUACACUAGAUACAAGGAAGAAAUUCUUCACUGAGGACCAUGAGACACUGGCCCAGGUUGCCCAGAGAGGUGGUAGAUGUCCCACCCCUG